AUGGGGUGGAACGUGUUUCGAGUAUUGGCGGAUUUAUCCCAUCUUGCCUCGAUCUGUCUACUGAUCUGGGCGAUUCAUAAGAACAAGAGCGCCGAGGGCGUCUCGCUCCUCACACAGCUUCUCUAUGCAGUAGUAUUUGUGACGCGAUAUCUCGAUCUAUUGAAUCCGGAUACGUGGUCGGUACGAACGUACGGCGGAGCGGUCAUCUGGAAUAUCUCGUUCAAGCUGUUCUUCAUUUCCUCGGCCUUUUAUACCAUCUUCAUCAUGAUGAAGGUCUUCCCGCGCACGAGGGAGCGUGAGCGCGCUUGGAAACUCGGGAUUUACUCCGUGCUUGCCUCCAUCGUGUUGUCGCCGCUGUCCAUCGUCAUUUUGGAAAAGGGAUUCCCAUCUCACUGGUUCCUGGAGCUCUUCUGGGCCUUCUCCAUCGUUCUCGAGUCCGUCUGCGUCCUCCCGCAGCUCCUACUCCUCCGACAAACCACCGUCCCCACCGUAAUUGACUCCUACUACCUCGCCGCACUGGGCUCAUACCGUGCCUUCUACAUCAUCAACUGGCUUGUGCGCGGCUUUGGAAAGGAGCACUACUGGGACCCGAUCGCCUUCGUCUUCGGCAUCGUGCAAACAGCCUUCUACGUCGAUUUCGCAUGGGUGUACUACUCGCGACAGCGGGUGAAGCUGCGCAACGGCGGCGUCGUGGACUCGGACGACUUCAACAAGAGCUGGUUGGUUAACCGUGUGGUGAAUUUCCGCGCGGGCCGUGCAUCGACGGAUGAGGAGCAGCAUCUGCGUGAGGACGAGGAGCGUGGCGAUGGUCGGGUUAGCAACAACCGGUGGGGUGCGCGGGGGAUCUCGAUUGCGGCGGAUGAUACGUUGGAGAAUCAGGGUCGCCAUGGUGAUCAUGAUGACGAUGAGGAUGGUACCGAGGGUGUGUUGGCCGAUGAUUAUCUGGAUGAUCGUGAACACGCACCGCGCACUCGCACGACUGGUUGA